AUGACAUUGAGUUUCUUGGAGGGCUCUUAUUUGACAAUCUUUAUUGCACUCCACCAUGAUGGAGUAAGUAUAAGCCUCUUGAGCAAACCGGCAUUAUCCUCCAAAGGAUAUUCUCUAGGUGUCUCUAUUCAAGCCUCCAACAAAAUCUUACUACUCACAUCCCUUUCUGCAGGAUCUCCGUUCUCCUUGAUUCAUCCAUCGAUAUUCACCCCAACGCCCUCACACCUCCGUCAUCCCACUUUUCCCUCUUCAGCACUCUCGCUUUCUACAUCCUCCUCCCUGUCCAUUCCCACAACUUCUCCUACCCUAUCCCCAUAUAUUUCCAUAUCCAUAUCUAUCUUCUCAUCCACUUCCACUCUACCCCCUAACCUCUACCUUCACACGCUCCCACCACCAAACCACCCCCCACCGCCUUACGCCCCGUCCGCAGACAACAAUUUAUCAAAUUCCCCUCGCGCUCAUGUAUUCACUAAGGCUUGA